UUGCAGCCCAGGAACCCGCCCUUCUUCCUCCUCCGGCGGACUAUACGGCGGCCCUCCGGCGAGGUACGGCCCGUCGCCUCCCCCUGCACCCCGUUCCUCUGGUGUCCCUGUACCCCGUCCUCCACGUCCAUCGCCGCCGCCUCCUCUUCCGUUUCCCUGCCACCGCGGUGCUUGGUCCAUCCUACGCGCGUGCCCGCGAAACCCUAGAUCCGCCCUGGGCUUGGUCGCCGGCACUGCUCCGGUGCGGCUGCUUCUCUAUCUGCUACCCUUUCCUGCCAUGUCCUGCUCCUUCCUCUCCCUGCCAGUGAGUAAGCCCUUCUCUGGAAUCCUGAUGCAGCAGCACGAGGAGGAGGUCUCCAACCGCGUGCAGCAGCGACCAAGGAUUGCGCACACGGAGAAUCAGCGCCGGCAGGAAGCGCCCGUGGUAUGGGCGAGCGUUCGAUUUCUUGCACCUGCGGAUGCAGCCUGCUGUACGGCCGCCUCCGGCACAGGAGGAGGACAGGAGUCCGCGCGUCUACUGUUCUUUCAAGGCUGUGACAUUGGCGUUUGCGAGGCUUUUGUUCCUCUGCGCCCCGGCGUGCUCCCACAAGGCAGUCCUACGGUUGGGCAUGCAAGUCGACGCCGCGGUGUUAACGCCGAGGAGGAGCUGAAGCUGUUCGGCCGGUGGCGUCUCUCCCUCUGCGGCAGUGCCUGCUCCGAGCAGGCCUUCGGCGGCGCUGGCAUGGCAGGGGGUGACCAGAAGGGGGAGGUCGAUGAUGGACGGGAUGGCGUGUUGAUGCGGUGGUUCGUGCUGGACGAGCUGGCAGCGAGGAGAUGGAGGCGGGGUGUUGACCGUGUGUAUUACAAGCUGCAGGGUAUCAGCAAUCCUGUGGAGAAUCACCUGCGAGGUGCCGAUGGUGAUGGGGCCCUUCUAGGUUGGUGGCGGCCGCUCCAAGGUGCUGCUCACCGCAGCCCGCCACCUCUUGAUGUCGCCAUUGUCCGCCCCUCAUGCCGGCGAUGCGCGUGCCGCGCCUGAAUCGCACUGCUGCCAAUCACCUGUGCCGCUUGCCCUGCUGGCCACCAUGGGCCAAGCUACUGUUUGUGUGAUGCGUCGUGCCAAGGGCCGGGGUACAGGUUGGCACCCUCCUGCUAGCGACCUCUAUCAUUGCGCUCACCUGCCGCCCAGCCUCUCAUGCCCGGCACAGCCGGUUGAUGAGCCACGUUGUUGACUUCUUCCGCUCUGUUGCUUCCUUUAAAGUAUGGUCUGCAAUUUAUGUUCUUGCGCGUCGAGUUCAGCCGCCAGGCUACAAUGGAACGUGGUCGUCGACAACGGCCUAGCAGAUGAUGUGCUUCUGGCUCUGGAUCGCCACUUGAGAAGGAUGAUAGACAACUUCAGUGAAAUUUGGAGCAUGGGUUAUAUCUUCACUUCAAAUUCCAUCGGUAAGGAUUUGUUUGCUCAUCGAUUGAUUGUUUAUGUGUUUUCUCCCCUAAUCCUUAUGUUGAGAUUUUGGAUAUGUUUCUCUCCCUUUCAGAUUGUUACGAAUUCACUUGCAAUAAACCUGUACCUUCCAAACCAUUUCCAUCUAUAUUCUUGCCGUGUUGGGACUGUUGAUAGUCUAGAUUUGAAGAGUCACAGUAUGCCGGUAUAUGUGCAUGAAUAGUGCUUCAGGUACCUAUUUGAUGAUUCAGUUCUGUGGUAAUAAUUGAAAUGGUGAUCUUAUAGCCUUACAUCAAAUGCUAUUAGUCAAUGGUGGCUCUCUUUUUUGAAUCGCCUAAGAUGUUACUGUCUACAUGCCAUACAAUUUGAGCCCUGACUUCUGCUUCUUCAUAAACACGCAAUGCUUCUCAUGUUAAUCAAAGAUGAUAUCAAGGUGGAAGUCAUGUACAAAAAUAUUAUGUGGCGGAUAUGGCCUAAAUUUAUGUGAUAUCAAUAUAUCAUGACUGUUCUUUACCAAAUUUA